CUGCAAAUGCGAUUGUGUGUAUUUUGGAAGUUUACUUGUCAUUUUCUGUGUAGAACUGGCUUGUGGUGUUUGGACAUAUGAACAAGAAAUAAUGGUUCCAGUUCAGUGGUCAGACAUGGUCACUUUGAAAGCCAGAAUGACAAAUUAUGGCUUACCGAGAUACCGGUGGCUUACUCACGCUUGGAAUUUUUUUCAGAGAGAGUUCAAGUGCUGUGGAGUUGUCUAUUUCACCGACUGGCUGGAAAUGACAGAGAUGGACUGGCCCCCGGAUUCCUGUUGUGUUAGGGAAUUCCCAGGAUGUUCCAAACAGGCCCACCAGGAAGAUCUCAGUGACCUCUAUCAAGAGGGUUGUGGGAAGAAAAUGUAUUCCUUUUUGAGAGGAACCAAACAACUGCAAGUGCUGAGGUUUCUGGGGAUCUCCAUUGGAGUGACACAGAUCCUGGCCAUGAUUCUCACCAUCACUCUGCUCUGGGCUCUGUACUAUGACAGACGGGAGCCUGGGACAGAGCAAAUGAUGGCUCUGAAGAACGACACCACUCAGCACCUGCCUUGCCACUCAGUGGAGCUGCUGAAACCAAGCCUGUCGAGGAUCUUUGAACACACAUCCAUGGCGAACAGCUUUAACACACAUUUUGAGAUGGAGGAAUUAUAGAGACUGUCAAAGAAGGAAACCACAAAUUUAUUUCACUGGACUUGUGAAUUUUUUGAACACACACUUAACUGUUUCAGAAAUGUGUAGAAAUGAAAAUGUUGCCAUAAAAGGAUACCCAAGCACAUAAUGUUCCACUCUUUGAAAGGAAGUGGGAAAAAUUCCAUAUAUUAUAAAGCACCACCUGAACAGUAGUUGAUGCCUUUUGUAAUGCUGAGGACAGAUCUGAUACCCACUUUAUAGCCUGUGUAAGAUUUUUGCUGAACACAGUUAUGCUUUGAGGUUUAUGCUUUGGCAGAGUUUGACCAGCAUUUCUGCAUUCAUGUAAAUGCGCCGAAACAUGCUAGGUGGAGUUGGAGCUCCAGUAAAGUUUGAUUUACUUCCGUAAGCUUACUAGUAUAUAAAGUUUCAAAUAACUGCUAACAUAGGAAGUUAGACAGUACUAAUGAUUUUUAUUACUUGGUGAUAUAUUCUUUUGAGGAGAAAUAGAUUAUACAUAAGUACACUCUGAAGAUUGGUGACUACCUAAAUGUGAUUUUUGCUGGUUACUAAAAAUAUUCUUACUACUUACAAGAGCAAACUAUAGCAUUGUCUCAAACUGAUCAGGGAUAUAUGUGUAUAUGAGUCUGUGUUAAGUCUGUAUAAUUCAGUAUAUUUCAGUUCUUAUUAAGAAUAACAAUUGUGAAAAGGAUAAAUCCAUACUGUAUAGCACCAUUAUUUUAACCUUUCCUGUUAAUAGAGCUUUAAAAUUCUGUCUUGGGUUUAUAUUACAUACAUAACUGUUAACUUAAAUACUUAACCACUAAUUUUGAAAAAUUACUCAUGUGAUACAAAGGAAUCAUUAUAAUUCAGAAUGCAGUCUAGUUUCUAAGAAGUAUUAACAAAAAAAGUUUACAUGUAACUUUAGUACAUUCAGCAAAACCUGGGUGUUAUCCUUCUGCCAAACUGAGACUCAUUUUGACACUAAACACUUUAUAAAGGAACUUAUCUUUGCUUUCUCCAAACCAGAAGCAGCAGUCUCCAAGUUUCACUAUAAUUCUACAGAGAAUAGUUUUCCUUUUCUCUAGCAAAAAACCAAGAGAAUCUUAAAGUAAGUGACAAUUUAGCUAGAGAUUUUUUUUUGCCUUAUUUCACUGAUUAAGAUACUGUGGUGAAUUACACAGAUUAUUAAAUUUUUUACAAGAGUAAACUAUAUUUAUUUGAAAUGGGAAAAGUGCAUUUUACUGUAUUUUGUGUAUUAUGUUUAUUUCUCAGAAAAUAGAAAGGAAAUUAAAAUGUGUCAAUAAAUAUUUUCUAGAGGGUAAAAA